AUGGUUGAUAUGCCGAAAUAUGGGCUGCUUCUUGUGGUCCUUUGUCUGGCAUUGUUGAGUUCGAGCGGACAAUCUGACAUAUCCAUCGAAAAGAGCCCUUUCUCGGACAGCUCGAACAGUCCUGAGGAUCAGCUGAGAAGCGAUCUAUGGAGCAAGGCGAGAUUGAUACUGGGCUAUGUAUCGACUGAUAUGUCAUUAGAAGCUGCCCAGGCUAGUAUGCUCGCAAGCAUCUACAUGGGUGCAUCAGGUGCAGUAGCAGAAGCUUUUCACUGGGCACACGCAACGGCCGUCAAGUGCGAGACCAUGGCUCGAUUACAAGCAAAGAGAGAUACUAUCUCUGGUGGCUUCCGUCGCUUGUACUGGAUGUCCUUUAUAUACGAAUGUGAUUUCAUAUCCGAGAUAUCAAUUGUAUCGCCAUCUGGCAUAGCGAGAUAUGAAGACAAAAUCCCAUACCCAGCCUUCACUGCAGAAAACCAUCCUAUCUCGCCAGACUCAUCAGAAGCCAGGAGCCAGGAAGAGCUCGUCGCGUUUCAAAUAACCACAAACUCAGCUAUCAGACGCUUUCUGAACACUGUCAACAGUGUUGUUUACGAUGACAAGGAGCAGUUCCGGACAAGACGGUUGAACUACGCAUCUUGGCUGCUCAGAAUAUCGGAAGAUCUUUGGUCUCAUCACUCUGCCAUAUACCGCAAUCUGCCAGAGUUCCUCCUCAGUAAUCCGUCUCAAGAUGUACCAAUGACAGGGGCUGAUACAAGCUCUCCUGCAAGCCUCCAAUCGCCAACAGCGCGUAUUCAGGGCAUACCUAUCGGAAAUAACUCAUGGAAUAUUUUGAGAAUCAAGGGGAGAUACUAUGCGGGUCAAUACAUCAUUCACAGGCCUUUCAUCGAAUUCAUCGUUCUCAAUAUCGACAACUUCGAAUCGCAUCCUUGCAAAGACGCAGUUCUGAAACGAUCCAGGUCUUGUUUGGAUGGUUGCACAGGUUUCAUCAAGCACCUUUACUAUGACUGUCAUCCUGAUGGUGGCGACGAUCUUUCCGAUAUUUAA